AUCCUUUAAAUAGCGACUGAGCAACUCGCAGACACACAAGAGCAGCUUUAGACUUGCAUUGGACUGAAGAUUACAAUAACACGUUACAUCUACAAAGAAACGCUUCCAGCCUUCUCUCUUUCAGAAAAGCUUCUUUCAGUUAUUCAGAAUGCAGAGUCUGAGUGUGCUGCUGAUCGUUGCCCUUUGUGGGUCAAGCUUGUGCAACAUUUUGCAGGAGAAACAAACAGAUUUUGGACUCCAGGUGUUCUCCGAAAUAGUCCAGUCUGCUCCCAACAAAAAUCUGGUUCUCUCUCCUUAUGGCAUCUCUUCAGUGCUUGGCAUGGCUCAGCUGGGUGCCUAUGGCAGCACUCUUCAAAUGCUCACCUCCAAGAUGGGCUACUCACUGCAAGACCGAGGAAUGCCAAAACUACAAAGGCUUCUUCAGAGAGAUCUGGCCAGUGAAGAUGGGGUAGAAGUGGCCAGUGGUGUCAUGGUUGACCGGAAGAUAAUCCUGGAAAAGGUUUUUAGGCGCAGCCUGUCCAAAGCCUUCCAGAGCGUCCCACACCAAAUAGACUUCAGCCAACCAGAGAUGGCCCGCCAGGUGAUCAACAACUGGACAUCCGACCACACUGGUGGAAUGAUUUCCGACUUCCUCCCAUCUGGGGUGUUGAAUGAGCUGACACGCUUGGUCCUGUUGAAUGCCCUCCACUUCCAUGGGGUCUGGAAGACGCCCUUUGACCCGAAACAUACUAGGGAGCAGCUAUUCCACAGAGUCAACAGCAGUGCUGUAUCUGUUCCUAUGAUGAUUAUGACUUCAAAAUUCAACUGUGGUGAGUUUGUGACUGAAGACGGUGUGGACUACGAUGUCGUUGAGCUGCCUUAUGAGGGGGAGACACUAAGUAUGCUUCUGCUGAUACCGUUUGAGAAGGAUGUACCACUGUUGGCCUUGAACAAAGAGCUGAGAAGCAGCAGGAUUAACCAAUGGAGAAAGCAGAUGAAAAAGAUUAACAAACAGCUUGCUAUUCCAAGGUUCUCCAUGGAUACAGAAACUGAUCUGAAGUCCACACUGAGCAAGAUGGGUCUUGGAGACCUUUUCAGCCAGAACAAAGCUGAUUUCUCUCGUAUUACCACUGAGGAACCUUUAUGUGUAUCCAAGGUCCUUCAGAAAGUUAAACUUGAGGUGAAUGAAGAAGGAACCAAAGGUUCAUCUGCCACAGCGGCUAUCAUCUACUCUCGCAUGGCGGUAGAGGAGAUCACACUGGAUAGACCCUUCUAUUUCCUCGUUCAACAUAAACCCACUGGUGCGUUGUUGUUUAGCGGUCAAGUGAACCAGCCUCAGGAACACUAACAGACCAAGGUUAUGCCUGAAGUAACCAUACAAACCAGAAGGACCAAGGAAACCGCCAGCAAGUCUGCACACAAUAUACUACUGAAGACAAAAGAGUUCUGUUUUAAAAUGAAAUUGGGAGGGGAAAAAUGCAAAACCUUCUGUAUCUGUCAUUUGAGCAUCGCUUGACCUGCCAAACUUUAAUAAGAAGUGUAUAAAUGUUUAUACAGUAUGUGUCCUCUGUUAUGAGGGAGGACAGAUCUAUCCUAUAAAAAGAAAGCAAUACUGUUUAAAACGUAUGUCUGAAAGAUCAGGAACAUGUAAUGUACAAAUUUACAGCCUCAGCAGACGGAGGUUCUACAUGCACUAAUAAUUUGAAGAGUGAAUUAAUUUGUAUGCUUUUUUUUUUAUCUGUUUAAUGUGCUUAUAUAUGUUUUUAAAAAGUUGUAUUUUACUGUAUUUAUAUUAAUUUAUUGUCGAAGGCUAUAUUUUCGUGAAGUUUAUUCAAAUGUUUUCUUUUGUAAUAAAAGCGACCAUAAGUGAA